CCCAACCUCAAGCCGCAGCGAACCUCCGCCCGUACGUGUGUUCCUCUUCUUCACGGAGAAGACACAGAACGCAACAACCCGAGCUGAGCUGCCAUCUUCAGCAUUUGAAGGCGCCCGGCUCAAACGCGAUGGUACAUUUUCUCCUCCGAAUGAACGGCACGGUCCCUAGUUCCAGAAAAUUAGACAAUCACCACAGGCGAACAAAACUAGCAGUUAGCAUAUUCCUCCCAAUCAGGGGCGGAGCAAGCUGCUAUCUACAAUCAGGCGCGUCCGGAACGAAAUAAAAAACGUCCCAAUCACGCAUUCACGCGUCCUAUGCAAGUGCGCUGUAAGCAACGACCGUCGACCGCAGAUUGGCUUCGAGGCUAUUAGACUUUAAGAGCACAGUCCCUCUUCGGUCUUCAGCUCUUCGUUACUCUCAAGUCUCAACUCGACAACUCUGCUAGUGGGUUCUCCAAUCUCCGGAGACAGAAGGCGGUAUAUACAGGGGCGGAACUUCAUGAUGUUCGGAUAUUCCAAAAGCCGAAGGCCAAAAAUUAAAACUGGCCCAUAUGUGAAAUUGCAGCAAAUUGACAUUCAAGCACCGAGCCCUUGGUCCCUGCCUCUAGCCGCGAGGUCUCCGAAAGACUCUGGCUGACUCGCUCUCUGGCUCUCUGAGACUGUGCUCUACGCCUCAGAACACUCGUGUUCUGGUCUUCCAUUUGAGAAGUACAAGACGGGACACCCAUUUACUUUGGAUUGUCCUGAGAUGUGUAAGAUGGCUGUGGAAACUCUUUCUUCACUUUUGCAUCACUGUUCUAAGACUAAGUCACUCAAAUGCGGCCUUUCUCUUCAUUCAGUUGCUAUUAGGACUGGCAUGAUGUGUGAUGUUAUAAUCUCGAAUCAUGUUCUCAACAUGUACGCUAAGUGUUGUAACCUCAAAUUUGCCAGCCAAGUGUUUGAUGAGAUGCCUAACAAAAACUUAGUGACUUGGUCAGCCAUGAUAUCUGGUUAUGAUCAAUCUGGGAAGCAUGUGAUGGCUGUCAAGCUCUUCAGUCAAAUGAAUCUAGAGCCAAAUGAAUAUAUAUUUUCUAGCAGCCUAAGCUCUUGUGCCAAUCUUUUGGCAUUGAAAGAUGGGCAACAGAUCCACUGCAAGUCUAUCAAGUUAGGAUACUCCUCUAUCUCUUUUGUCUCCAACUCACUAAUGUCGAUGUAUAUGAAAUGUAACAAGUGUGAUGACGCCUUGUCAGUUUUUGCUAGUACACCAGCAUCCAGUGUUGUUUCCUUUAACGCAAUAAUUACUGGUAUGGUAGAAAAUAAUCAUAAACAGAGAGGCUUUGAGAUGUUUAAACUUAUGUGCCAACAGAGAUUGAUUCCAGACCGGUUCACUUAUGUUGGAUUGUUAGGAACUUGUUGUACACAUGAGGAUUUGGGUAUAGGAAUGAGUUUGCAUGGCCAAACCAUCAAGUUGAAACUUGACUCAAGUGUUUUCAUUGGAAACAUAUUAAUGACAAUGUACUCAAAGUUGAAUUUGAUUGAUGAAGCAGAGAAGGUUUUUACAAUGAUAAGUGAGACAGAUAUCAUAUCAUGGAACACAUUGAUUGCUGCCUAUUCUAAUUGUGAUGAUCACAGCAAAGCCUUGAACGUCUUUAGAUAUAUGGCACAGGGAUAUGUGGAUGACUUUUCGUAUGCGAGUGUUCUCUCUGCAUCUGCUGGCAUGGCUUCUAUACGUCUAGGUGGUGAGAUACAUGCUCACUUAGUUAGAACUAGGCAGAGCGUAGAUGUAACUGUUAGCAAUGCUCUUAUUAACAUGUAUGCUAAAUGUGGAUGUAUGCGACAUGCUUAUUCUGUUUUCAGGCUAAUGCAUUGCCAUAAUUUGGUAUCUUGGAAUACCAUCAUAGCUGGAUUUGCAAAUCAUGGUCGCGGAGGAAUAGUAAUACAACUGUACAAGGAAAUGGAGAAGCUUGGGUUCAAACCAGAUUCGGUUACAUUCCUAGGACUUUUAAUGGCUUGCAACCAUGCAGGACUUGUUGAUGAGGGCCAAUCCUUCUUCGUCUCCAUGCAAUAUAUUCACGGGAUCACUCCUAAUAUUGAGCACUUUUCUUGCUUAAUUGAUCUUCUGGGGCGAGCUGGGAGACUAAAAAGUGCUGAAGAAUACAUGCAGAAGUACCAUUUUGGGAAGGAUCCAGUUGUUCUAGGCUGCCUGCUUUCGGCAUGUCGGCUGCAUGGUGAUGUUGUCAUAGGGGAACGCGUGGCUAAGAGGCUUCUGAUGGUUGAACCUGUUACUACUUCACCAUAUGUUUUGCUAUCUAAUCUAUAUGCGUCAGAUGGGAUGUGGGAUUGUGUUGCUGGUGCAAGAAAGAUGUUGAAAGGAAGUGGGUUAAAGAAAGAGGCUGGGCACAGCUUGAUUGAAGUUGAGAGAUCUGUAGAAAAGUUUACAAUAGGUGAUUUUUCCCAUUCAAGAAUCACAGAGAUACUGCAGGUACUCAGAUGUCUAAGUUAUGUAUGGGAUGAAGAAUAUCAGUGCAAUUGAUCGUCAGCUGAAGAAGAGGACAUGAUACUAUGGACUUGAGUAAAUUGAGGUUCUACCCGUCAGAUUUCAUCAGUCCCCAAGCUGUGUCCAGCCUUCCAUUGCCCCAUCAAGUCGGUCCCUGUCGCAGCUGAAUCUCCUUUUUGAGGUUGGAAAAGUUGCCACCGAAGUACUACUCUGGAUAUGUCUCUACUUUAGGAUGGACCUGGUUCUAGCCUCGUUCCGGUUCCGGGUCUAGAACUAGUACCCCUGGUUCUGGAUUUAUUCCAUCAUAAUCUCAAGCCAAAAAAUAAUGAAUCUUUGGCUCCAUUGCAAAUAUUUAUUGAAAUUAUUUCUGGGAGUAUUUAGAUGACGAAGAAAAAUUGAGAGCCAAGUUCAUCUAUUGUGACUCCACCUUUGCUGCAGAUGUGAAUGUAAUCGAUCGACAAACGUGAAGCAUCACACUGAGUUUUGCAAAAACAAUUCGGCCAAUAGACAUAAAGGAGGUAAGCAAGUACAUCUCAUUGAUAAUUGUGCGAGUCCUAUUGAGAGAGAGGGUGAUUCUUUGAGAAAUAAAGAGGGUGUUAAUUUAGAGGAAGUGAGAGGGGCAUUAUACCAUAUGGUUAUUAUUGAUGAGCUGCCCUUUAUUUUGUGGAAAACCUCGGAUCUAGACAUUUUUUGCAACUUGCCCCCUUUUUCUUAUAUCGUCACGAACCACUAUUGCACGUGAUUGUUACAAGUGUCAUCUUGAAAAAAAGGGAGGUUGAAAGAUUUUUUAAAAAAUCAUGCCAGAGAUUUAGUGUUAUUACUGACACUUGAUUUAUUCUUUAAAAAAUCAAAGAAUAAUAUACGUGUAUCACCACUCAUUUUAUUGAUGAUCAAUGGAGAUUGCAAAAAAAAGAAUCAUUUUUUUUGUCCAAUUUCUAGUCACAAAGGUGAGACAAUUGGUAGAUCUGUGGAGGAUUGUCUAAAUGUUUGGGGGCUAGGUGAGAAGUUGUUUACUGUCACAAUUGAUAAUACUAGCUCUAAUCAUGUUGCUUGUCUAUAUUUAAAAAAUAUGUUCAAAAAGUGGGGGCAUCACUAAAGUUGAUUAGUUACACGUGAGGUGCAUCACACACAUAAUUAUUCUUAUUGUGUGGGAUGGUUUGAACGAAUAUGUUAAUUUCAUUGAUAAGUUUAGCGCGGUUGCGAGAUAUAUUAAAAAAUCUCCAAAUAGGUUAAUGAUUUUCAAGUUAAAGAUUAAUUGCAAUUUGUCUUUGCGUCUUGAUUGCCCUACUCGCUAGAUUUCCACAUACGAAAUGUUGGAUACAGUUUCGAAAUACAAGGCUGUGAUUUUUUGGGUUUUUUAGAAAAUAUGGAAACAUUGUGUCUGCUUAAUGAAGAUGAUUGAGUGACACUUGGAUAUCUUAUUAGUUUCCUCAAAUAAUUUUAUUACCUGAAUAAAAACAUAUCCGGCUCUUUGUAUGUCACCAGUAACUCCCUUUUCAUUCAUAUUUGUCAUACACUUGAUUUGGUGAUUAGUUAGAAAUUUGAGAAAAAGAGGUGCUGAAGAGGUGGAAGUUCAUGGUGAUCCCACUACUGCAAGAGAGGUUCCAUGCCUUGUUUGACUCAAUGGAAGAGAAUGAUGGGCAUUAGUGUUGCUAUUUAUAUGUUCUUCUGACAUUUUAGAAGUUAUUCAAACAUUUUAAUAGUAUUGGGAAUAUCCUACUGCCUUUUUUGCAAAUAUGUUGGUGGUGUGUAGGAUGUUAAGCUUUUUUGAGAUGUAUAUGGGCUUAUAUGCUUGAAAUGCAAGUUUUUUGGGUAGUUUACACUUGCAUAUCAUAUUCAGGUCAUACCAUAUUGGGAUGAUAGUGUACAUUUGUUAAGUUUAGGCCUAUGGUUUUGGUACCAU